ACGGAGCCUCCAGGACACCGGGACCAUGAAAGGUUUGAGGAUCAUCACAAUAACGUAUUUGCUCACUGUUUUAUUGCUGGCAACGUUUGUUUCACAGGCCUGGAGCGCACCAAAGGGCUCUUUACAGCGGAGAAACUGGACCCCCCAGGCCAUGCUGUAUCUGAAAGGAACCCAGGGACGCAGGUUCAUCUCAGAGGACGGAAAAGAGGGAGAUGUCUACGAUACUUUACAUUUAGAGACUCGCAGUCAGAACACUGAGAAGCUGAGUGUGGACCAGGCGGCCACCAUUCUACUGAACUUCCUCCAACAGGCCAGAGAUGGAGCUGAUGAAAACCAGGACGAAGUUUACUUUCAGGAGUUACCCGUGUGGAAGAGAGAAUACUUCUGAUGGUUUUCCCUGCGUUUUACAGAAUUCCUCUUUGGAUGUUUGCUACUAUGUGGAGGAAACUGUUUUGUAAAUAUAUAUUCUCUAACUAUGUCUGAAUGUGAUGUUUUAAUAAAAACAGUUGGAAUUCACAGCAA